AUUUGGAUUCUUCUCAUAAAUUGAUCCUUGAAACAACUACCUUGAGAAAUCUUGUUCACAACUUAAGUGAGGUGAGAGAACUUGUGCUUUGUGGAGUGAACAUGACAUCUGUUAAUCCUCGUUUCUUCAUGAAUCUCUCUUCUUCUUUGACUACUCUUGAUCUUUUCGAGAGUGUGUUAAGAGGAAGGUUUCCAAAUAGUAUUUUCCGCUUUCCAAAUCUCAAGACAUUUGGUUUAGGUGGUUUAGGUGGAGAGGAAAACCUCACUAUUGAUCUUCCAAGUUCCAAUUGGAGCAGUCCUCUCCAAAAUUUGCAUUUAAUUGGUAUGGAUUGCGGAGGGCGAUUGCCAGAGUCUAUAGGAGAUCUAAAGUCAUUACAGUUUCUAAGUCUUGAUAGCUGCAACUUGGAAGGUUCCAUUCCAGCUUCCAUAGGAAACUUAUCCCAACUUACUUCCCUAUACUUCUAUGAUAACAAUCUUAGCGGACAAAUCCCAUCAUCCCUUGCAAAUCUCACACAACUCACCUUUCUUGGCCUUUCCAAUAAUCAGUUUUCUGGUCCCAUUCCUUUUCAUGCAAGUAGGUUUUCCAAACUAAUCUAUCUAGACUUAGCUUAUAACUUACUUAAUGGCACGUUGCCACCUUCGCUUUUCACCCUACCUUUGUUAGAGACCUUGCGACUCAAUCAUAACCAACUUGAAGGUCAAAUAAAUCAAUUCCAGCAAAACUCACUUGAAGAACUGAAUUUGUCAAACAAUAGACUCCAGGGCUCAAUUCCUAACUCAAUUGCUAAUUUAGUAAAUCUUAGUUAUCUCGAUUUAUCAUCAAAUCAUCUUAGUGAUUUAGUAGUAGCUGACAUGUUCUCGGCACUUCAAAAUCUGGAAUCCAUCAGUCUUUCACAAAAUAAUCUUUCUUUGAGAGUCAAUGUUCAUGCCAACUUCACAUUACCCAAACUAACUGAUUUUGACUUGUCUUCUUGUAACUUGAGUAAAUUCCCCAAUUUCUUAAGACAUUCAGAUGCUCUGCAAAGCCUACUGUUAUCAAAGAAUAGCAUUCAUGGCAAUAUUCCUAAAUGGAUAUGGGAAAAGGAUUAUCUCGGAGUUCUUGACCUUUCUCAUAACAAUUUAGAGGGGAAAAUCCCAAAUUGUCUUCCUAAGUCUCUCUCAGUGCUGAAUUUGCAGGACAAUAACUUUGAUGGAAAUAUACCAUUUUGGUUUACAGAGAGCUGUGAAUUAGAAAAUCUCAACUUGCAUGGAAAUCAAAUGGACGGGCUAUUACCAAGGUCUUUGGUGAAUUGUAGCUGGUUAGAGGUUCUAGACAUUGGCAACAACAACAUAAAUGAUACAUUCCCUCAUUGGUUGGAAUCUCUACCACAGCUUCAAGUGCUUGUCUUAAGGUCCAACAAGUUCCACGGUUUCGUGGAUAGCACCAAAGAAGGUCCAUCUUUUCCCAACUUGCGAAUUCUGGACCUCUCCAGCAAUUAUUUUGUUGGUGCUUUGCCUAUUCGGUACAUUGAAAAUUUUAAUGCAAUGAUGGACACUCAUAGUGAUGACAGUUCUCCUGAAUACAUGACGAUGAGCAAUGGUUCUUAUCAAUAUUCACUGGUGGUGAUAAUCAAAGGAUUGGAGUAUGAGCUGCAGAGAAUCUUGACCAUAUUCACUAGCAUUGAUCUCUCAGAAAACAAGUUCGAAGGAGAAAUUCCAGAUGUUAUUGGAAAGCUUAGUUCUCUCAAAGGACUUAAUCUUUCUCAUAACAACCUUACAGGUCCUAUCUCACAGUCACUAGGGAAUUUGACAAACCUCGAGUGGUUGGAUCUCUCUUUCAACGAGCUGGUAGGGGAAAUUCCGGAUGAGUUGGUAUCUUUGACAGAACUUUCCAAAUUGAAUCUUUCAAAUAAUCAUCUUGUUGGACGCAUACCACAAGGCAAACAGUUCAACACCUUUGGAAAUGAUUCUUAUGAAGGAAACCUUGGACUAUGUGGAUUCCCAUUGUCAAAAUCUUGUGAUGAAAAUGGGACACAGCCAAGCUCAUUCCGAGAGAAAGAUGAGUCGUGGAGAUUUGGCUGGAGAGUUGUGGUGUUAGGCUAUGGGUGUGGAGUUGUUUUUGGACUGCUGAUGGGAUAUCAUGUCUUCCGUACAGGAAAACCAAAAUGGUUUGUGUCUUUGUUUGAUGGCCGACUAAGUCAAAGUGGCAGGAAGAUGAGGAAAGCCAGAAGAGUUGUUCCAAGAAGAAGCUAGUUGCAGGGUUGAUGUUUUAGACCUUUUGAUUAAUGUUUAAUGAAUAAAUACUCCUUCGGUUUGAAGCUCUUGUUUUAUUGUAAAAUUACAUGUCUGUAUAAAUAAAUAAAUAUAUGUCGUUUUGCGCAAAGCCAUAAGUUCUCCGGGCCCAACCCCACGUUGGUCGAGAUUCCCUACGGCCACCGUCCGUUGCACGCAAUUUGUAAAUCACCUCCAUCGCUCCGCUGCCUUUUUCUGUCUCUUGCUUAACAGCCUUUUUCUCGAUUCCUUCCUUGGUUCUCUCUCUUUUUUUCUAGUAGAAAAAUAAUUGAGGAACGAAAGCUUUUGGGAAUUUUGCAGCCAAAUUGUUUAGUAUUUUGCUCGUGGUAAGUGAGUUAAUUUGAGCAUUUGAAAAUCGGGUAGAUCGAUCUUGAAUUAUGUAACUUUUGGGAUUGUGAUGCGAUGCCGGUAGUAUUCUGGGGUGGUCUCUGAUUUUCUGUUUAGAUUUUGUGAAUUGAGUUGGUUUGAAUCCAGAUGA